AUGAAAAACCCAAGAGACACGGAUCUUCACAUCGCCUUCAUUUAUGACCCGAAGGCCUAUUAUCUUGAACGAGGCUACUCGGAGACAGACUGUGCUGAUUUGGCCGACGAAGUGACAAUAGACGCUAUCGCCAAUGCCCUUGGCCAGCUCGGACACCGUGUAAUCCAUGUUCCCGGCAUCAAAAACCUCGUCGGUCAUCUGGCAGCGGGUGAAGAAAAGAAUUGGGACUUGGUCUUCAACUUCAGCGAGGGCUUCCGUGGCUCUGCACGCGAAUCCCAAGUACCAGCGCUGCUUGAAGCUUAUGGAGUUAUCUACACUUUUUCCGACGCAGCUACGCUCUCGAUAUGUAUCGACAAGGCGAAGACUAAGAUGAUCUUAGAGCACUAUCGGAUACCAACGAGCCCGUUCGUAUUAGUCCCCAUGUAUGGCCUGGAGGUCGAUUAUGCCUCGCUGGCCAAGGAACUAUCAUAUCCACUCUUUGCAAAACCAGUUGCUACAUCUACCUCGAAUGGGAUUCUACCAUCGAACAAGAUCUCCCGACACGAAGACCUUGAGAAAACCAUUGAAAAUCUCCGGCGUCAAUUUACAAGUCAAGAAAUCAUGCUGGAAGAAUUCCUUGAUGGGAGAGAAUUUACAGUAGGUAUCAUUGGAACCAAAAGCACAGCCAGAGUUUUGGGUGUUUUAGAAAUGACAUGGUACAAUCCGGAGGGGCGCGAAAAUGACAUUUCUUCGGUCAACUUUUCUACAAACUCCUCCAAAGCCGGCCGCGGAGCAGGCCAAGAUAUGGGACAUAUGCAUGCGGACAUGGCGGAUCCUCUGGUCAGCACGAUCGCCAAUGUUGCUCUCUCGGCAUACCAAGUAUUAGGGUGUCGAGAUGGAGCUCGAGUUGAUAUACGUUUAAGCUCUCCGAAAACCGGUUCUAUUCCAAACGUGAUCGAGGUAUGCUUAAUGUGCCCUCGAGAUAGGCAGGACUCGACGGUUUUAUAA